ACCCUUGCCAGUUUCUUACUUUUCGCCUCUGGUCGCGUUUUCGAACCGGGUCGUUUCGCCCUGCGUUCGACCUUUUUUUUCCGGCGCGCGUCGCAUCUCGUCUCUCUCCUCGCCACCUGGCUCAUUUAUUUACAAAUAAAUAAAUCUGUCGAGAGCUUUCUUCUGUUUUUCUUCUGUCGCUCCUCUUCUCUCGCAUCUGGGGACUCCUACAUGAAAUAGAAUUCAUCCACCAUGUCUUUCGGAUUCGGAGGCGGAGGCUUCGGCUCUGGUAAUCAGCAGCAGACUUCUGGCUUUGGCUCGGGCUCUGCGUUUGGAGGAACAGGUUCUGGAGGAUUCGGAUCCAACACUCAAAACCAGGCAAACCCGCUUUUCGGCGGCCAGAAUCGCCCGGCCUUUGGUUCCAAUACCGCCUCCACCGGCGGUAGCCUCUUCGGAGGCAACACUGCCACUUCGGGCGGCGGCGGUUUCGGUGGCUUUGGCUCAACAGGCUCUGGCGCCGGCGGGUUUGGUGGUAACACUGGUACCGCCACGGGCGGGGGUAUCUUCGGAAACAAGACGGGGGGUUUCGGUGGCUCGACGGGCUCAACGGGUGCAUUUGGCGCCGGUGCUGGCCCUUCCACCGGCUUUGGCGCCGGCACCGCGACCACUGGAUUCGGUGGCGGUGCAGGCACUGCUCUGCAGCAAGGCCCCGUGCCUCCCUCGGACGGAACUGGAAGCACUCCCUUCAACCCCUUCACCGAGAAGGAUGGCACCUCAACUACAACCAACCACUACCAGAGCAUCAGCUUCAUGCAACCCUACAGCAAGUACUCCUUUGAAGAGUUGCGUCUAGGCGACUACAACCAGGGCCGUCGGUAUGGCAACGGAAGCGGUCAGGCAGGCGCCUUUGGCUCCUCCGCCUUUGGUGGUGCCAGCACCGGCGGCUUUGGCCAGCAACCCGCCUCGGGCUUUGGCACUACUUCCACCCCGUUCGGUGGUGCCGCGGCCACCACCACCACCAGCGCGCCCUCCGCCUUUGGCCAGACUACUCCUCAGACCACCGGCGCCUUUGGCUCCACGACGGGCACCAACAGUCUCUUUGGCGCUCAGAAGCCCGCUACCUCCAUGUUCGGAGGAGGUACGAACACCGCUACCUCUCAGCCCAGCUUGUUCGGUUCCACCGCUGCCGCGCCCGCGACCGGAUUUGGCACAGGUGCAGGAACCACCGGUGCGACCGGGUUUGGCACGGGCGCCACCGGCUCCCUGUUUGGAAACGCCCAGCAGCAGCAACAGCCCCAGCAACAGACCAAGAGUCUCUUUGGAAGCUCCACGGGCACGGGCACGACCGGCUUCGGCGGUGGGUUCGGUACUCAGCAGCAGGCCGCCUCCACCACCACUACCCCCUUCGGCGGUGCCGCAGCCGCAGCCUCUCCCUUUGGCGGAGCCCAACAGACAACCGGCACGGGCGCCUUUGGGGCCUUCGGCCAGCAGAACCAGGCCCAGACGCAAAACAAGGGGCUUUUCGGCGGUGGUACCACCGGCGGUGCUUUCGGUGGCGCCGCGCAGCAACAGCAGCCUGCCGCUGCUGGAGGCGGUCUCUUUGGGGGCUCUACUACCGGCGCUGGCUCGUCUCUCUUUGGUGGCCAGAAUCCCGCCCAGCAGCAACAGCAGCAGCCUGCCGCUGGUGGCGGCUUGUUCGGUAACACGGCUCAGCAGACGGGUACCGGCUCUCUCUUCGGUGGCGCGCAGCAGCAACAGCAGCAGCCGAAGCCCGGUGGUCUCUUUGGAUCCAGCACAACUGCUGCUGCCCCGGCCACGGGCGGUUUCUCGGGCUUUGGGAACCCCCAGGCGCAGCAGACAGGGACCGGUGGUCUGUUUGGCAACACCCAAACCCAGCAGCAGCAGCAGCAGCAGCAAAAGCCUGGUGGUCUCUUUGGUUCCACCACCGGCACCGGCGGUUCUCUGUUCGGACAGCCUGCCAACGCCCAACCGGUGGGCUCCUCUCUGUUUGGCAACACUCAGACUCAACAGCAACCCGCUGGCGGCGGCCUCGGUGGCACCGGUAGCCUCUUUGGAAGCAUAAUCCAACCCGCCCAGCAACAGGCGGCCCCGGGCAGUCUACAGGCCUCGCUCCUCGAGGGUAACCCCUACGGGAACCAGUCCAUCUUCUCUGGUCUCCCUGCGCCCAACGCCCCAAGCCCUGGUCCGCUCGCCACCCCUCUUUCGUCCAGCGUCAAGCAGAAGCAGCGCACCCCCUUGCCCGUCUACAAGAUCACCCCCAGUGCGGCCAACCGUCUCAUCACCCCGGCCAAACGCCAAGGCUACGGCUUCUCGUACUCCACCUACGGCUCGCCCACCAGUGCCACCAGCACCCCCGGUGGUCUGGGGAACAGUCUCCUGGGUGGCGGUGUUGGUGGUGGUGGUGGUGGUAGCCUGCGCGGAAGCGUCGGAGGUAGUUUUGGCCGCAGCUUCAGCAAGAGUUUCUCAACCAGCAACCUGCGCAAAACCUUUGACCCGGAGACGGACAGCAUUCUCUCCCCCGGCGCCCUCUCCACGGGUUCCUCUCGUCUAUCCAGUGGUAACCUCAAGCGGCUCACCAUCGACCGCAGCCUGAGAAACGACAUCUUCUCCCGUCCGGCAAGCACCCCCGCGGCACUCACCGCCGCCCCCGCUAUCACCAACGGAAGCGAGGAGCCUUCGUCCACAACAACCCAGCCUGCCGCAGCCGACAAGCUCAAGAAGAAGGUCAGCUUCGACUCGACCUCGCCGAAAUCCGGUGAAGACCGAGCCGCUACCACUACUGGGGGCGAAGUCGUCCUGGUUCAGUCUACAAGCCCCGAGCCGACUCCAGAGGAGUUGGGAUUCCUGCGUUCCGUCCGGAAGAGCACCAGCGUGAACGGAAUCAACGGUAUCUUGAAUUCCACCGGCAGCUCUCGCCCCUCAGAGAUGGAGGAGGUCAUCCUCCGUCCAAGCCAGGACCACCUCCCCGCGGUGCCCGAGGAUGCCGAGCACAGCAGCGUUGCCGCGACCACCAACGGCUCCCGGUUGCCCUUCACCCCCGGUGGCGAUCCCCAACCAGGCGAGUACUGGAUGAAGCCGUCGCGUGCCGAGAUCAACAAGAUGAGCCGGGACCAGCAGAAGCACGUGGUGGGCUUCACCGUGGGCCGGCAGCGGUGCGGAUCGGUCACGUUCGAUGAGCCCGUCGAUCUGACCACCGUCGAUCUGGAUCAGAUCUUCGGUGGGCUGGUGGAGAUCCGGGUGCGGAGCAUCACCGUCUAUCCCGACGAGGGGAUCAAACCUCCUGUAGGCAAAGGCCUGAACGUCCCGUCGAUCCUGCGUAUCGAAAACUCCUGGCCCCGUGGCCGCGGCAUGGCCUCGCCCUCCCCGCUCACCAGCGGUCCCCUCUUCGAGAAGCACGUCGACCGCCUGCGCAAGGUCCACAACGCCGCGUUCAUCGACUACGAAAAGACCACCGGUACCUGGAUCUUCAAGGUUCCUCAUUUUACCACGUACGGCCUUGAUUAUGAUGAUGAGGAUGAGGAUGAGGAGGAAGAAGGUGAGAGCCUCAAUCACACCAUCUUGAGUGCCGCACCUGACACCCCAACCCCGAAGGCUCUGUCCCCCAACAUGGACCACACCGCCACCUUUGACACCGACGACUCUUUUUUAGGAUCGGUGGCUGGGAUCGAGGACGACACGUUUGAUUUCAAGAAGCGCAAGAUUGUGCCUGGAUCCUUUGGCAAUCAGGUGUUGGCGGUGGAAGAAGAAGACGAGGAGGAUGAUGAAGAAGAAGAAGAAUACGAUGACGACGACGUGGAGGAGGAGGAAGAAGAAGAAGAAGAGCAGUUUUCAGACGAGUCUUUUUUAGGAGAAGGCUCCACGGGUUCAACUAUUGAGCAAGAUGACGACAUCACCGAGAGCCAGCAGUCUGGCGACGACUCGGAAGUUGAAUCGGAUGAGGACCGGGAAAUGGACAUGGCCGGCGCCUUUCCCAACCUUCAUCACACCGUGGAGCACGACGAUACCACUACUACCACCAAGAUUACCGACCUUGACAUGGACACCACCCAGCGUUCCCUGAAUCCCUUCUGGAACAACACUCCCGCCAAGAGUCGCCUGAACCUCAGCGGCGACUGGGCCGAGCAGCUGCAACGGACCAUCAGUCCUCGCAAACAGAACCGUGACGCCCUGCGCGAGAUUCAGGCCAAUGCUUUCCAUGACAGACCCUUACGCGACGACGAUGACACCCCCAAGGAAAAGAAAGCAGGCCCGGAUGUUCGGCAAAAGGGGUUCACCACUAGCAUUGAUUUAAUGAAUUCUUUGUUCCAGCAAUCUACUAAGCAAGCACCUCUUCCCCCCCGCUCCUCACCUUUAAAGAAACAGACUGUGCCUUCCAAGGGCUUUGAGUGGCCUUAUCAUAAACAACCCAAGACGGCUGGCGAAUCCAACGAGCUGACCGAAAGCGAUCUCGCGUUCCAUCAUUCGUUCAAGCCGCGAUGGGGUCCCAUGGAUACCUUCAUCUGUGCGAAGAACGACAUGAGGGAACGACUGCCCGACCCGAACGAACCGUGGGAACAGGGAAUAUCGGUGACCAGCGAGGGCCGGGAUAUCGUUCUGCUUGCCUUCAACAAACCGGACGAGUCCUGUCAAAUGCUGGACAUCCAGAAGCGCCAGUCUGUCAUCCACCCGGUGGAUGGCGUGCCCUUGGUCCGUCUGGUCAAGGCGGAAUUCCAGCAGUUGGCCCAGCUGCCGUCUAGCUAUUCGACGCAGUUGGAUCGGGAGCGGCUCGUGUGGCAGCUGGCCAACGUGUUGUUCAACGAUGAGCUGGAGGACGACAUCUCGGCCGGCGUGCCUGCGCAUCUGCGCGCCAAGUAUCUUCACCGGAUCAAAAAAGAUCGUCUGUCGAGACUGUGGGAGGGCAUUGUGCGCGAAAAGCAUGCCCAUGACCUGGAGCGGAUCGUCUCUGCCGAGGAACGCGCCGUGCACCUGCUGUGCUCGCAUCGUGUGGAGGAGGCCUGCAAGACCCUCCUGGAGGGUGGGAACCUGCAUUUGGCCACGCUGCUGUCGCAGAUUGGCCGUGACGCGACCGUUCGGGCCGACAUGAAGGACCAGGUGGACUCGUGGCGCCAGAACAACGUCGACGCCGAGAUGAGCGAGCCCAUCCGCGCCCUGUACGGGCUGCUGGCGGGUAACACGGUCGGGAGCGAGGGCAAGUCGGCCGGUGCGCUGGAGGAUCGCGUCUCGAGCUUCACCUUGACCGAACGCUUCGAGCUCGACUGGUUCCAGGCGUUUGGCCUGCGACUCUGGUACGGCAUCACGGAUGAUGAACCCAUCGAGCAUGCCGUGGCCCAGUUCUUCAACCACCUCGCCGGCGGCGACGAGACGGCCUUCCCUUACCCGGCUCAUCUGGAUGCAACGCGCGAGCAGCCACCGCCGCCGUCGUCGGAGGAUACCAUCGGCCGCGAAUCCCCGCUUUGGGUUUUGCUUAAAGCUUACUCGGUGGUGACGGCGGCGGCCCCCAUCGGCCUGCCGGCGAUCCAGCUUCCCCUGGCCGUCCUCCCGGAGGCCGUCACGGGCGAUCGGCUCAGCAACCGGUUCUCGUUCCAGCUGCACUCCCUGCUUACCGCUGCGUUGGGCCAAAACGAGUCCAUCCAGGUGCACGCCGCGCAGGCCGACUCCCUGGUCUGCGACUUUGCGUGGGAGCUGAACUCGACCGGGGCGAUCGACCAGGCCCUGUUCGUGCUGCUGCACCUGUCGCAGGCGGCGGACCGCGAGCGUGCCGUCAAGGAGACGCUGGCACGGUUCGCUGCGCGGCUGCCCCAGCCUCUCACCGCGGAGGGAUCCCCGGAUGCCUUCUGGCAAUAUCUCACGGUGGACCUGCAGCUGCCCGAGGCCUGGAUCUGGGUGGCCAAGGCGUUGUACGCGCGCACCACGGGCGACGCGACGGCCGAGGUCGACUGUCUGGUGCGAGGCAAGAACUGGAACGACGCGCACACGACCUUCUGCCGCAUCGUGGGGCCCACGGCGGUGAUCGAGCGCGACUAUGCCACCCUCGAAACGCUGCUGUCGGGCUUUGGCGAAGGUCCUGAUCGCAAGGUACGCGGCUGGGCUCGCGGCGGCGGCGUGUACGAGGAUUUCCUGCGUCUGGCGACCGCCCGCCCGGGCAACAGGGACCCUGUCCGUCUCAACCGUCUGGUGCACGCCCUCGUGGCCAUGGGCGACAAGGUACGGCAGGGUUCGGGGGUCGAGGGGCUCGAGGAGCGCGUGGCCUUUAAGGAGAUGAGCCGGGCUGUCGCGGGUUGGACCGCCCAGGAUGAUGCCAAGGUAUUUCUUCUCUCUCUAUACAGAUGGUUUAUACAGAUGUUGUAUACUGACUUGACUUUCUAGUCUGUGGAACUGUCUAGCGUUCUCAACCUCCCUUUGACCUGUGAGGCUCGCAUCCUGCAGACGGCUGAGAUGGGUCGUCGUUACUAUAAUCUGAUCAUGGCGGGUGGCUACUGAUCUCUUCUCUUCUUCUCUUGUCUUUGUUAUCUCUUUAUCUUCUUGUCUCCCUCUUCUUCCCCUGACUCCUUUGACUUAUUACCUUGUGUCUCUGCCAGCGUUCGGUAGAUCCUGUAUCCAACGAUCUGAUGUACUCUGUUAGUUAGAA